GAGAAGGGGUGUCACUAUUUCCGGACCCGGCCCGACCUUAGAGAAAGGGAACUUCAAAUCCCAGCACUUCCCGCGCGCGCGGCCUUGUAGCCCCGCCCCGAAGAACUACAAGUCCCGGAAGGCAUCGCGCGGCCCUUGCGGCGCUGGCCGGGACGUGGUGACGAAGUAGUUGCCAUGGAGUUGCGCCGAGUAACCCUGAAAUAGUGGGACGCCGAGGCUGGAGAGGAAGCAACUGCUGGGGGUAUUUCCAUUUUAACAGGGAACAAUCCCUAAACCCAAAGGAAUGAAUCCCUAAUGGUGGAGUUUCAGGCAUCAGUGACAGGCUGAACCCAGACUCCCAGGGCACAAACUUAUACCUGAUGAAUGAUGGCCUGAACUAUGAGCAGACAGGACUAUAUGAACACUUCGGUGCGGGAGCCCCCUCUUGACUACUCCUUCAGAAGCAUCCAAGUCAUCCAAGAUCUCGUAAGCGAGGAGCCGAGGCCAGGGCUACGACCACUGAGGCAUUCAAAGUCGGGGAAGUCACUGACCCAGUCCCUGUGGCUGAAUAACAAUGCCCUCAAUGACCUCAAAGACUUCAGCCAGGUGGUUUCACAGCUGCUAGAGUACCCACAGAACCUGGCCUGGAUUGACCUGUCCUUCAAUGACCUGACUUCCAUUGAUCCUGUCCUAACAACUUUCUUCAACCUGAGUGUCAUCUAUCUUCACGGCAACAGCAUCCAUCGCCUGGGCGAGGUGAACAAGCUGGCUGUCCUCCCUCGGCUCCGGAGCCUCACACUCCAUGGAAACCCCAUGGAGGAGGAGAAGGGGUAUAGGCAUUAUGUGCUGUGUACCCUGCCCCGUAUCACUACACUCGACUUCAGUGGGGUCACCAAAGCAGACCGCACUACAGCUGAAGUCUGGAAACGCAUGAACAUCAAGCCCAAGAAGGCCAAGAUCAAGCAGAAUGCACUAUAAGCUUUCCAGGACUGCAGCAGUCCUAAAGGCCUGAGGAUGGUCAGCUUGGUUUGACAAUAAAUGAUUUGAGCUGUU